CCCAGAGCCAGACCCGGGCACAGCCCUCCGCUGCCGCCGGCUCUCAGCCCUGGGGCCGCGCCGACUUCUCCGCACUACUUCCCGCCGCCGAAGAGAAGCCCCUCCACAAAGGAGCGAGGCAGCGGGAGGCGGGGGAUACACGCACGCCCGGCCGUUCCGUCCGGAUGCGGUGAGCCCCAGGCUCGCCUCCAGGGCCGCGCCAGUGCGGGAGGGAAGAAGCGGAGCAGCAGCGGCGGUUCUCCCGCUGCCACCAUGGGCUGCUGCACGGGGCGCUGCACGCUGAUCUUCCUCUGCUCGCUGCAGCUGCUGGCAGCAUUAGAGAGACAAAUCUUUGACUUCCUGGGUUUCCAGUGGGCUCCUAUCCUUGGCAAUUUCCUACAAAUAAUAGUUGUCAUUUUGGGUUUGUUUGGAACCAUCCAGUUUAGGCCUCGAUAUAUAGUCGUGUACACGGUGUGGACUGCCCUGUGGGUCACCUGGAAUGUUUUCAUUAUCUGCUUCUAUCUGGAAGUAGGCGGGCUUUCUAAGGAAACGGAUCUCAUGACCUUUAACAUCUCCAUGCACCGCUCUUGGUGGCGGGAGCACGGGCCCGGCUGCAUACGAAGGGUGGUGCGUCCCUCUUCCCCUGGCAUCCUAGAGGAUUACUCCUACGUCUCCGUGACAGGCUGCAUCAUUGAUUUCCAGUACCUGGAGGUCAUUCACAGCGCUAUCCAAAUACUCCUCUCCCUGAUUGGAUUUGUGUAUGCCUGUUACGUGAUCAGUAUUUUCAUGGAGGAGGAGGACAGCUUUGAUUUCAUAGGCGGACUUGACACAUACUCCUUCCGACAGCCCCCCCAGGAACAUGUUGAGUUAAAGCCUGUAAAGCCUGUAGGUCGAAGUAAGUAAUGAACGUGGACUCAAGACUUUUGCUGCUGUAGCUGAAGAAACAGAUUUUAGAAGAAAAGACCAACCUUGUGAAUCAUCCUUCUGGAAGAAACCCACCACAUCUGUUCCUCACAGCAUGUGGAUUAUUCUUCCCACAGGCUCAGUGUCAUUAUCAGCGUUGUUAUUUGGUAGAUCCUUGUAGAUGAUCUUGAAUUUUUAAAUGAUUUACUUAUAUGGACACUUGUAAAUUGUAAAAUUUUUUCUUUUUUAAUUUCAGUAUUUUUACAAUGUUUAGUGUUGAGGCAUGAAAACAAAACAACCUGUGAAAACUAGGAGGAGGGUGCAUCUUUUUCAAAAGUUCAGUAUUUUUUGACUGAGAGGAUCAUACUGUGCCUGGUCAAGAUUGUGUCAGUAAACAGUAAUUUUGACUCCAAAAUAUGCAGCGGGAGUCAAACUCCAACAGUGAUCAAGAGAUCAUUUCAGUGCUGUCUUUAGAAUUCACAAUGUCCACUCCUUGCAUUUUUGAACUGCUGUAUGCAGCAGGGAUUGAUGUAUGACCCUUCUUACCCAGAUGUUCAAGCACUAAUGUACUCACCUAAUUAUUGCAACCCAUGUAUGACUCCUCCUUUCCCAGUCUCUUUUGCCCCAAGUCCAUCUCGAGUAGCUGUCUCUGAUUUGGACAAAAGUAGGAUGACUGCUCAAUGGAUGUCCAUCUCUAGGAACCCUUACACCCAGGGCUGUUUAGAUGUCUGUGAUUUGCACAUUUUUAAACUCCUUUCCUCCCUUCUCCCAGGAAGAAGCCAAGCAUGAAUGUACAGUACAAGGCACCAACUGAAGCCUUAGAAGCCUCUGGGGACUAAUUUUCUCUUAAUUUAAAAGUAAACAAGCAAAACUGAAAAAUGUGUGUAAAAAUUUGUAAAGUUAUUUGUAAAUACUUCUAGACAAAGAACAUGUAUGUAACUGUGGUAUUUUGUUUUCUAUUCUGUCACCACUAGCAUAAAGUGAUACACAAAGCUAUUUUCUCUGGAGAGCUGUUUUUAACAGAACGCUUUGUUUCUUUCAUCUUAAUUACAGUAUUAAAGUGCUGUGUAGAUUUCUAUGCCCCAGAGAGUCUCAUCUCUCUACAGAGCUUAUGGGACUCAACAUUGAGCAGAAACAUCAUGAGGGUUUUGAGUCUGUUUGUGAUUUUGUACUUUUCUCAGUUAAGCCUUUCAUUGGCAGGGUAGCCAGGAAGGCUGUUCCUUCUGAUGUGUAUUUCUCUACCUCUGCACCAGAGGCUGAACAGUUGCCCACAGAGUUCCUCCACAGGCACCCUAAGAAACGUUCAGCUGAUCUAAACAACAUUCAGGUCCUGAAUUUUCAGUCUACUCUUCUAUCAUGUAUUUUCAAGUCUGAGCAGGUGAGAGCUAGAAGAGAGCUUGUCUCGAUUCUUUCUCUCCUAAAAUCUGUGUAAUUUACCAAUAUGAGCCUAUUGGGGGUGCUAAUGAAUACAGUGGAAGCAGAGUCUAAUAUUUUCAGGUGACAAGGGUCUUGUGGUACAUCCACCUGCUUUCCAGCUGGUUAACUUAAAGACCUCACCGACUUUGGAGAAAGCACAACCUGAACUUUGGUUAACUUUCCCUGAAACUGAGCAUGAUAUAAGUAUUAAGACAAAGUCAACAAGAAAUGGCAACUGGAGAAAACCCCUUCUUUAGUGUUUCUUGGGCUGGAUACACCUCAAAUAAAAUUCUUCAGCUGAACCCAGUGCUGCUCUCAGGACGGUGUGGGAAGAACAGGAAUGAGCACUACAAACCCCCAUUGAUGGCACAGGCUCAACACACAGUUCUGGCAGGGCUCUGGAAGUUUGUGUCUGAUUUUCUGCCAAGGCAUGUCUGCUGGACCAUGUCCUACAGAUUUGUCUGGAUGUGUCUAAAACCAAUCUUGCUGUAGGUCCUUCAGAACUGUGUGCAUGUCACAAAAAAUUCAGCAAAGGCAGAACCUGAGUUCUCUUCCAUUUGAAAUAUCUGUCACUUUUUAGCUAGGGAACACAAGGUAGUAUAUCCCAAAUACACUUAAAAUCUCAGAAUCAUUACCAAUACAGUGAGUGUGCCAUCUGUCUCACUUAGCAAACAGAACAAUCCUGAUUGAGAAGAAUUUGUCUUCAUUAGGACCAGCCAAAAUGCAGACUGAAAUGCCAAAGGAAACUGUCAUUCUUUUCUAAACUGAGACACCCAAAAUAGUAUCAA